AUGUCAGCUUCCGUCUUCGUUACGAGUAUGGCGGUUGGAGUUCCGAUGCUUUCUCGCUCGAGCUCUGUUCGCCGGAGCUUAGAACCCGCGAAGAAGAAGACCAUGAAUAGUUUCAAAUUCGUGACCAAUUUUCGAAAUCUCUCAACCAACUCGGGGACUAAACCGUCAUUUCGCGUCAAAGCUUCCGAUCACCGGUCGGAACAAGCCGAUAACGGUCAAGGAAUUCAGGAGGACUUAAACUACCUGUUGAAGAUAGGAGCUGGUUCUGUUGCAGGCGCAGCAAUAAUCAAAUACGGAAGCGUUUUGCUCCCAGAGAUCACAAGACCUAAUCUCACUCAAGCACUCUUCAUUAUAAUAGCUCCUGUUGUAAUCUCUGUUAUCCUUUUGAUCCGAUCAUCUUCUUCCAAGUAUCAGAAUUAG